AUGGCACCCAUCGCUUUAUCAGAUGUCCCACCUGCUGUCGACCCAUUCCAUCAAACCACCUCCGACCUUUCUAAAAACCCUCUUGAGCGAACAUGGCGAGGGAACAAGGAAGGCACUUUGAGGAUCCAAGGUUAUCCCGAGUUCAUGUAUGCGGAAGAUGAGGAGGGUCUCUUGAAAAAGCGACAAUGGGUGAAGGAACAUCUUGCUGCUGCCUUUAGAUUCUGGGGCAAGCUAGGAUACGGAGAGGGUAUCAGCGGUCAUAUCACUGUACGAGACCCAAUUUUACGCGAUCAUUACUGGAUGAAUCCGUUCGGUGUUCACUUUUCAGCCAUGUCAGUGAGCAAGCUUGUACUUGUCACUCCUGAGGGCUAUGUCCAUACUACAUUAGGUGCUCAGCGACCCAUCAACAUGGCGGGCUUUCACAUUCACUCUGCUAUACACAAAGCUCGACCUGAAGUUGAAGCUGCCGGACACUGCCAUUCCCUACACGGUAAAGCAUGGUCGGCCUUUGGUAGACCAGUAGACAUCACCACCCAGGACUCUUGCUUGUUCUACGAUAAUCAAGCUGUGUAUCAUAACUUCGGAGGAAUCGUCCUUGCUGCUCAAGAAGGCGAAAACAUCGCUCGAGCUCUCGGACCACGAAACAAAUGUGCUAUCCUACAGAAUCACGGCCUCCUGACUCUGGGAAAUACCGUUGAUGAAUGCGCAUAUUUGUUCUCAGCGUUGGACAAACAGUGCAAAGUCCAACUUAUGCUGGAAGCUGCCGAAGGAAGUGGUAUCAAGAAAACCUUAAUCGAUCCUGAGGAUGCUGUCUUUACCGCAAACACCAUUCAAUACCACGAGAACACUUAUUACAAUUUCAAUCCCGAGUUUGAAUUGAUCGUUGAGCGAGAACCAGAUGUUCUGCUCUAG